UUUCUCAAUCUCACGCUUCGAAAAUCCAAUUCUGCCCUUCCUCUCAUUCCCUCCUUCCUUCAAGAUACGUCGUAUGCUGGCCCUUCUUGGCGCUGGAACAUUCAACUGGAGUUGACGUUCGCGGUCGCUGAAAGAGGACAUGUCCGUCGCUGUUCCCUUGUCGCAAAUGGACGUGGAUGACGAGUCUUUGCCUAAUUCUUGGAGUAGUAAUGACAGGGAAGGGAUGCCCUCAUACAGUGGUCAAAAUACGGCUCAUAAGAAGAAAUAUUAUCCAAGCACCAUUAAAUUUUUUGGGGUGGACCUAUCCCCAGAUAAUGUGGCUGUCGCCAUGGUCUAUUUUGUUCAAGGGGUUUUAGCCUUAGCAAGGCUUGCUGUUAGUUUUUACUUAAAGGAUGACCUACACCUAGAUCCGGCAGAGACAGCUGUAGUAUCUGGCUUUUCUGCUUUUCCGUGGCUUGUCAAACCUUUAUAUGGGUUUAUCAGCGAUUCUGUUCCUCUUUUUGGUUAUCGGAGGAGAUCAUACUUGAUUUUAUCAGGACUGCUUGGUGCACUCUCAUGGGCUCUGAUGGCCACCUUUGUUGAUAGCAAAUAUGGUGCAGCUUUCUGUAUACUUCUUGGAUCUCUUUCUGUAGCAUUCUCAGAUGUUGUAAGUGUCUUUUGCUUUGCGUUUAUUUCUCUCUUUCUAUCAAAGUACUUUUUUAGUGAUGCUAGAUGUGCUUUUUAUGGAGACCAGAAUUUAGGCUGGCAUCUUAAUAAUUCAUUGUUUACAUAAACUUUUCAUUUAAGUAUUUGGAACUUUGAUCCUUAGUUUUGAGUGUGAAAUAUGGUGCAUGGACCAAGUCCCACAGUGGACCAGAUCCCAAAACUAUGCUUAUCAUCGAACUUCCCAACUCCCUUGGUGUGUAACCACCCCACCGUAACAAAUUACCAAGUAAUUAAAUUUAGGCUACCACUGAUAUACUAAUAAGAUUCCAAAUAUUUUUCUAUUAAUACUCU